AUGGGCGACGGGUCCGCCGUAGCCCAUCACUGGCCGCAGCAAUAACACACGCGAUCCUACGCCAAGCGGCAAUGCAUUCCGGAGGUAGGACUAGCUUGCAGCAAGCAGCAGCCGGAGCAAAUCCCACGAGGCGCUACGCUGUUUCCGCAGCGGGGAAGCGCAGCCCGGGAAAGGCGGGGCUUGCAAGGCGGCGGCGACGGGGAUUGGCCGCGGGCGCCGAUUUGAACGGGGAGCGCGCGGGGCGCGGUUCCGCUUGCGGGCUUCCUCGCUUGUUUGCCUCGCGCGGUUACCGGUUAGGGAAGCGGCCCCGCCGACUUCGAGGGGUCGUCGGGAGACUGGGAGUAAGAUACUGGGAGUGUGUGGGGGGGGAGGGGGAGGGGUGCGUCUACACGACGCAAUCCGAAUCCGAGCCGAGUCCUUUCUAUAGUGCCAGAGAAUAUAUCCCAGAGCAGCCGAACCGGUUUUCUAUCCCGAAAGGUGGCGGAGUCCGAGCCCAGCCUGGGAAGAGGGUUGUGAGGUGUUUUUUGGAGCCAGUGUGAACGCCCCUCAGGGCGGAAUUCGGUUUAGGUACUGGCGGGCUUGGGAGGAGUUUGGUGGCUUGAAGCGCAGGGGUUGCAUUGAGGUAAAAGGGGCCCUUCCAGGCGUCCUUCCCUGCCCCCAAUAGGCUAUAAAUGCCGUUUUGAUUCGUUAAGCAUAUAACACGGCUUCCAAUGUAAUUGUGAGGUUUAGCCUGUUUUCUUUAUUGCUGCUUCGUUAAUUGUGUUUUGUAGAUUGUUUAAUUGAUUGUCAGUUGCUUUAUAUGAGUUGUGUUUGUUUGUGAUGUUCUAUUCUGCUAUGUUGUUGUCAUUUAUUAAUUUAUUGCUGUUUGUUCUUGUUUCUUGUUCGUAAACUGCUUUGAAGUUCAUUUGAAUGAAAAGUGGCUUAGCAACCCAAUCAAUUACCUCUUUUAAAUGACCUAGCAGCCAGGCUUUUCUUAUGCUCCAUAUGUAGCGAGAGGAAUUGGCAUGCAAGCAACAGUGAGAGACUCAAGGUGUGUUUGUGUGUGUGGCAGUCCAGAUAUGGAAGCCUUUCUUGAGCUCAGUAAGCUCUGGUCUAGUUGGGACUUACUAUUUUAUGGUUUUCUGUGCCAACACACUGUUGCCACCAGUAGCAGCCCAUUUUUUUCUGGUGUAAAUUAUUGCCGUUUAAGCACCAAGAUAGGAGAUGUGACUCAAAGAUUCUUGCAUUGCAGGGGGCUGGACUAGAUGAGCCUCAGGGUCCCUUCCAAUUCAGUGACACUGUAACGAUUUUGUACUGUAACAAGGUAGGGAUGAGGGAUAUAGGACCAGGCUAAAUGAGAGAGAGAGACCUAGCUCAGCUCUGCGUAUGGGCUGGUAAUUUUAUUUGCAUUCUUACUUUCUGCAGGAUGCGAGAUGAAGUUCCUCAAAGAUGUGGAUUUUGUGGCGCGGACCAGCACUUCCCAAGAAACACUGACUUUGCUGUCUGAGUUGAAGGUAAUGCUGCUAGAUGUGUUGAUAAGGAAUGGCUUUUGAAAGAGGGUUUUAUGGCUAUUAUUCGCCAUGGUGGGUAAAUGGAAUCCCAAGAAUUAGACACAGUAUAUCUGUGAAUAUGAAUAUCAGUUAUUGGGGGAUAAAUAGCUUGUGAGCUUUCUGGAAACCUUUAACUGACCAUUACUUAAGUUGACAUGGCGGUCUUUUAGCUGAUAUGGUUCCUGGUGGUGACUUGCAUGGGGUGUUCUAACAGCCUUCCUGUGUUGAACGUAGAACUGUGCUGGGAGGAAAAAAAUGCCAAAUCUCACAAUGCCCAAAUGGGACUCUGGAUGCAUGCUUUUCUGUUUGUAUAAAUCAGUGAUGGAGAACCUGUGGUCAUCCAUAUGUUGUUGUGGGACUCCAGCUCCCAUCAUCCCUGACCAUGCUGGUUGGGACUAAUGGUGGCUGAAGUUCAGAAACAUCUGGAGGGCCAUAGAGUUCCCCAUUCUUGGUACACAUAGUUACAUUGCCUCCAGUAGGGGCUUAGCAAACCUUAAAAAAUGGUGAGAUGGUCUAACAAUGAUAUUAAAAGUCUCCUCUCAAUUUCAGGAAUGCCUUGAGGGGGAACCCAAAAAUGCAGACAGCCCAUGCCAAGCCUCCAAACAGGUCACAGCAUGUGAUAGAAUCCUACGGGCUUGCAUCCACAGGCUUGGUGAAGGUUUGGACUGUCCUGCUCACUUGGAAAGUCUCCAGGCCCUAGCCGAGGCAGCCUAUGGUGGCUACACUGCAGCAAGGCUCCAGUAUAUUCCCCUCUACUUGGAAAAGUUGCUGUUCCAUUUGCUGAGGGGUAUGGUUGCUCAGGGCUCCUAUGAUUCUUCCCUAAGGUUUGCUGAUCUCCUCUAUGGGGAACUCUUGAAGUACCAGCCUCCCCAGGUGCCUGCUGAUGACUAUGCGGCUGUUGCCAAAAGCACCUUUGGCGUGCUGUGGAAGGGUGCGGACGGCAGGGCUAAACUGGACAAGAGUCUGGCAGAGUUCAGGGCUGUGCUCUCUACCCAUCUGCAAGCUGUACGCUUCUUGAUGCUUCUGGAGAACGAUGCCGGCAACCUCUCGCUUCAGGAGGCCCCGUACUUCACCUCCAACGUGGCCCGGCAUGCCUGCAUUGCAGCUGUGACAUUUGAGGCCCAGCGGAGUCCGCUGGGAAAGGAAGAGGCCCAUUUUCUCAGUGCAGAGUUAUUCCACCAGUUGGUUGCUGCCCUUCUGGAAAAGAGGGGUGUGGCUGCGCAUUUGGCCUUCCAGGACUGUCUCUGCAUCUUAGAGCUCACUGUGCUGAGGUGCCGUUACCUCUGCAAAAGUGGCUGCUUCAAAGAGAGCGAUGAAGUUCUCCAGCAAUUCAGAGGCUACUUGAGAAAGUCCAGCAAUGAGGGCCGUUUCUUUAGUGUGGCUUUAGACGUACUCUCUGCUGGAAUUGAGCUGAACAAAGUGUUGGUGCAGGCUGAGGGUUCAGUAGAGCCCUUCUUCAUCCAAGCUACUCAGGCUCUAAACUCCUCACCAGAUGCUCAAGAGCCCCUGCUUAGAGUGCUGACUGAAAGCUGCCAGUUGCUCGUAACCCCUUUCUCUGGACUUGCAAAGAACAGCAAACAGGGCCUCUUUAACCUGCGUGAUAUUCUGGGGAUCUCUGCCUUCAUGGAAAGUUACGUCACAUUACUCCAGAAGCUGAUGAGUUUAGUGAGUAAAGCUUUCCCUGCCUAUACUUUCAUACAGUCCUGGAUGUCUUUGUGAGAGCAGUAGUGCAUGGCUGAGAUGUAAACAAUAGGGUUUUAUCCUGGAUUUGGGGAGGGGAAGGUGCAGACUAUGCAGAGAUUCAAUGAAUGUGGUUCAACGAACACUUAAGGCUUUCAAAACAUGUUUUAUUCCAUUGGUUUUGCCUAGGGGUAGUCAACCUUUUUAUACCUACCGCCCACUAAUGCAUCUUUCUUGAUGGUAAAAUUCCCUUACCGCCCACCAGUGCUUGAUGGAAGGAGGAUUCAGCUUGUGCCGUAGAACCCCCUACCGCCCACUUAGAAUCCUGAAACGCCCCACUAGUAGGGACCAGGUUGACAACCCCUGGUUUAACCUGUGUGGGCAAGAGGAGGUGGGAGGGGGUAGGUAGGAUAAAUACCUUUGCUCUGCUAUUGUGAGAUCUAGAAAGUUGAUUUUCAAAGUACAGCCUUUUAUAUAGUUGGUGUGUGUGAGAGAGAAGAGGGGGCACAAUCGGAUUUUUAGAAUGCAAAUGUUGGCGUUACAUCUCAGAAAUAUGUUUUCCAAGUUCUCAUCUAUUGCAUUUUACAUUGAAGUGUGAAAAGACUUUGUAAACUCUGCCAAUGGUGGUAGGUAGAUUAAUAAAUUGUAUUUUUCCUGUCUCAAAUUAAAAUAGGCCAGUUCCUCUGCUGUCACUAGGGUGCUACUGUUUUUGUUUUAAUGGGAUUUUUAGGAGGGCUUUCAACACAUUAAAGGUUUUGCGAGUAAUCUUAUACAGGUUUGACCUGGAAUUGUUCCAAAUACUUUCUGUCGUCUUUGUCUUGUAUAAGGUUCUGCCGGAGAACAUGAGACAGCAGCAAACUCUGAAGAAGCAACUGUACCACUACUUCCAGAUAUACACAACUUUGGUAUCUGAUACUCUACAGGCUCUGCAGGUAAGUCUGUCUUGAAUGGACAAAAACAUUCAGUUUGUGGAAGUAAGACUGAGGUUGUCUUCCUUGGGCAGGAUAAACAAGUCUUACUCUCUUUAAGUUGUUUGCUGCCUCAGUUGGGGAGCUUUUGGUCUUCUGUCCAAAUGUCUGGUAGCAGGACUGUGAAAGACAUUUGCCAGGAGAUUUGUUGAAUUGCUGCUCCCUGUCAUAGUAGACUAGGGAUGAAGAACCUGUGAUCUUCCAAACACGGCUAGAUGGAACGCCCAUCAUUCCUGAGCAUUGACCAUGCUGGCUGAGGUUGUUGGGAGUUGUAGUCCAACAACAUCUGGAGAGCCACAGAUUCCCCAUCUCUGAAGAAGACAGUUCUGGGCUAAAUGGAACUUUGAUCAAACAAGAAAAAGCACACUUUUAUCACCUACCCAAUUCCUAUACAGUCGUACCUCAGCUCCUGAACGCCUUGGUAGUCGAACGUUCUUUCUGAAGCGAAACAUCCAACAGGGCUUCCACGGCUUCUGAUUGGGUACAGGAGCUUCCACCAGCCAAUCAGAAGCUGUGCUUUGGAAGUCGAAUGGACUUCUGGAACAGAUUCUGUUCGACUUCUGAGGUACAACUGUAUAGACAAGAUACUGACAUGGUUUCUUUCACAUCAACAGAAUGCCCAUGGUUCAUAAAUAAAAGUGUUAUUUCUUUUUAGCUGUGAGCGUGGAAGCUGACCUCUGAAGGGCAGAAACAUAAUGCACACAAAAGGCACACUGUGUAAUGUGUGGCACAAGCCUCUUCUCCUACCAAGAAUGCACACAUCAAAUAAUAAUAAUAAUAAUAAUAAUAAUAAUAAUAAUUUUUAUUUAUACCCCGCCCUCCCCAGCCAAAGCCGAGCUCAGGGCGGCUAACAAGCAAUAAUAAAAACAAGUUGAAUGAAUACAACUUAAAAACAAGAUUAAAAUAAAACAUUAAAAUAUUGAAACAUUAAAAUGCAGCCUCAUUAUAGGGGGAGAAAGGAAAAAGAAAAAAGAAAGAGGGGGAGGGAAUCAAAUUGGCUCCAAGCCAAAGGCCAGGCGGAACAACUCUGUCUUACAGGCCCUGCGGAAAGAGAUCAGAUCCUGCAGGGCCCUGGUCUCAUGAUACAGAGUGUUCCACCAGGCCGGAGCCAGUGUUGAAAAGGCCCUGGCUCUGGUUGAGGCUAAUCUAACUUCCUUAGGGCCCGGGACCACUAGGGUGUUGCUAUUUAUGGACCAAAGUGAGCAUAUCUUGCUAAAAAAGCAAUAGGAUGUGAUGUGGUGGCUAUCUUAUGCCUUGAAGGAGGAACUUUUGAUUCUGUAAAGAUCUGCAAAUCAAAAUAUAAUUGACAGGCACACUGAAAGAUGAUGGGAAAUUGCUAGCUUAUCCUAAUCAUGCAAACAAAUGUGUGUAAGUUCCAAAUUGCUUAGAUAAUGAGUUGAUGCACAGGAAGAAUAAAGUAGACACAAGUACUUGUGGCUGGAAGGCAUGCAAAAUGAAGGCUGAAGUCUUGGGCCACAAAGUAAUUAAGAUGAAUUUAUAUGCAAAAUACUGUGGUGUGUCAGUGGCUGCAGGUAACUAUAGAAUCACCCUAUACUUAAAAAGAAUAUUGCAUGCUAGGUACUGGAAAGAUAAUAUCUUGAAACUGAAUUGAUUAGCAGUUUGGAUUAAUACAAUUGACAGUGAUGAAAAUGCAGGAGGAGUUUAAAGAAGCCUUGGUUAGUGAAUUAUAUUAAAAGAAAAUAAGGAAUUUUGGGGACAGAGACUGAAUUCAUGCUUCUCUGAGAGUGUCAUACCGUAUCAAGACGAUGAAGCAGGCAGUGUCUGUAAAGUGUUCAGAGGAGCAAUACAUUUAUUAAGCAUAUAUUAAGUACAUGAGAAAUAGUGAAGUUAAUUAUUUUGAAAUGUCAAACUUUUAACUGUGUUUUCUUGCAGUCUUUUCUUCACUGUCAUACUCUCUUAACCUUUUAUGCUUUUCUAUGCUCUUUUCUAUUCUUGUAUCAUUCUAUUUCUAGUAAUACUUUAUUUUAAAAAAGGGGGAAGGAGACUGCAGCACACCCACAAUUCCUCAAUCAUACCAUAUCAGGUGCAGCAUAGUUUUCCUAACUGACCCUAGGUACUUUGACUAUUGAACUUGAUCAAGGUGAUGAUCUACUAUCUGUUUCAGAUGCCCUGUGGUGAACUGUUGCUUUGAGUCUUGAAGUUCCCCUUCCUGUUUUAAUUCCUAAAAUUUUUGGAUUUCCACACAGGGGCCAGAAUCUGCAGCACUGCCAGAGUUACUGGUGUAUCUUCAGAAGGUUGUCACCUGGAUGUUGGAUAUGCUAGUAGGACUUCCCAAGAAAGAGCAGGCCGAGUACCUGGAUUUCUCAGGUUGGUUUCCAAGACGAACAGCUGUCCUUCUCCAGCUGUCCAAGUCUGAAGGUGGGGCAGAUGCAGCUGUGUACAGAUCAGUUGGGGGCCAUAAGAAUGAAGAAUGCACUCUUCAUUUUUGGCAGCUCAGUCUCUGAGGUGUCCACCUUUCUCUCUUCAAUAGGUGUGUGGGUGGGUAGAUUGCCUUUGGCAAGAUGAACUUGCUGGAGAACUUGGUCACUCGCUAAAAUUCUGAUGGAGGAUAAUAAUAAUAAUAAUAAUAAUAAUAAUAAUAAUAAUAAAAUAAUUAAUUUAUUAUUUAUACCCCACCCUGGUUGAGUUUCCCCAGCCACUCUGGGCGGCUCCCAAUCAAAUGUUAAAAACAAUGCAGCAUUAAAUAUUAAAAACGUCCCUAAACAGGGCUGCCUUCAGAUGUCUUUUAAAGAUAGGAUAGCUGCGUGUUUCCUUCACAUCUGAAGGGAGGGCGUUCCACAGGGUAGGCGCCACUACCGAGAAGGCCCUCUGCCUGGUUCCCUGUAACCUCACUUCUCGCAAUGAGGGAACUGCCAGAAGGCCCUCGGCGCUGGACCUCAGCGUCCGGGCAGAACGAUGGGGGUGGAGACACUCCUUCAGGUAUAAAGGACUGAGGCCGUUUAGGGCUUUAAAGGUCAGCACCAACACUUUGAAUUGUGUUCGGAAACGUACUGGGAGCCAAUGCAGAUCUCUCAGGACCGGUGUUAUGUGGUUCCGGCAGCCAGUCCCAGUCACCAGUCUAGCUGCCGCAUUUUGGAUUAAUUGCAGUUUCCGGGUCACCUUCAAAGGUAACCCCACGUAGAGCGCAUUGCAGUAGUCCAAGCGGGAGAUAACUGGAUGGGAUUAGGGAUUGGUAACUGAGGGCCCCAUGUAUCCCAAGGGUCCUUUUUCUUGGUUCUGUCUCCUGAGGCACAAGCAAGGGGCUCCUCAACUCACGCCAGAGGUGUGAGCGGUACGAGAGGUUCUGCUACAAUUAUCUCAGCAUCUGAGUUGUGCGCAAUCCUGAUUAACAGAGGGGUAAUGAGCCGCUGAAGGUGUGUAAAGGGAAAAACCAAAUCGCUGUUGCUAUUGACUCUGAGAAAGAGCUUGUUUAAGAAGAGACCUUCACCUGUGUCUUGAUUUUGUGCAGAGUUUUGUCUAUAUUGGUCCUUCUGCCCUUGGCUUAAUUGAAAAUAUUGUGCUAGUUAAAAUUUGAUCAGCAACCCGAAGUCAUGAUGGUAAACAACUAUGGCUUCUUUGAGCUCAUUACCUUUUCAGAACAAAGUUUGUGAAAACUCUGAGUCGAGAGUGGAUUUCAUGCUCUUUAUUCAGCUCAUAGUGGUGAGGAGGAAUGGAAGUUCCCCAACAAUAUCUGCUUUAUAUACAUUAUUUACACAAUGGGCUGCAUGUGUUUGGCUAAUUCCAGGAUUCUCCUGGAGGCCAAUCAGGUUGUGGAUUCACUUCCACCUGGAGCUGGAUUGGGUGGCUCCUGCGGACCAAUCUGACUGCUGCAUUGUUUUAGGACCAGUCAGACUGCUGCAUUCUGAAUUCUAUUGUUCUAGGACCAAUCAGACUGCUGCAUUUUGGAUCCUAUUGUUCUAGGACCAACCAGACUGCUGCAUUUUAGAUCCUAUUCAACUCAGUACAUAACAGUUUGAAUGGGCAAGUUUUGGACCAAGGAGAAGAGCUGUAGCUUAGGGGUAAAGCAUUCCAGUCUCAAUCCCUGGCAUCUCUAGGUAGGGCUGGCAGAGACUCUCAUCUGAAAAUCCUAGAGAGCUGCUGCCAGUCAGUGUAAACAACACUGUUAUAAGGAGCUUCCUAGUGGAAGUAUCCUGGACCAUACAGGAUCAGUUGGGUCAAUUGGAUUUCUCCUUCGGGAGAUGAACCAGUAAUCAGUUUUGUAGUUUUCUGGCAUAAGUAGGUUUUAAUACCCAUUGAAGGUGGCUUUUAAGAUCGGUUUUCUUCUUCUAACAGCAUACUGUAUAUCGCGGCUGGCAUAUAACUUCUACUGUCAUAAGAUGUAUGCGGAGUCUAACUCUUUCGUGGAGCUUUUCUGCAGACGCUUGGUGAAGGAGGAGAUUGUCAGUUGUUCAGAUUUGCCUACAGAAAAGGUAACGAAAAGUGUUGCUUGUAGUUUGCUAAGCUGGCAUGGAGGAGACACACGGGCGAAAUUCUGUGAACUACAGAACGUGCAUCUGCAGGUUGCUGUUUUCCCUGAGCUCUGGAUAGACUCAUUUUGUUUGAGUUCAAUUUAGCAUAGUGUGAUGGGAAUAAUAAUGAACUUGGCCCUGGGUUCAGAUCCCCAGGAUUGAGGGAUGGAGGUUCUCGGACAAAUCACUCUUAAAGUUUAACUCUGUUUAAUUACUUUGAAAAGCUAGGUCAUCUGAGUUCAAAGGAGUUUACUUAUAAAAUGUGUAGGAUUGUUGCUUUGACUUAACUCAGGGGUAGCCAACAUGGCAUCCUCCAAACUUUGUGUAGUGCAAUUCCCAUCAUUCCAGGCUGUGCUGGCUGGGGCUGAUGGGAGUUGGAGUCCAACAGUAUAUGGAGGGCAUCAUAGUGUCCAACCUGUUCAUAGGUGCCAGGAUUAAAAUGGUACUCAGAGGCCUGCAACUAAUGAUUUGGCUGGCAGAUUCAAAACCAGUAUGUUUAAUUGCAGCCCUCCUCCUUGCCUCCUGUUUUUCAGCUCUUCUGUGGACCGUGUGAUGUUCCAACCCUUCUGUCUUGGGCCUACUGUUGUCUUACACCUCUGCCUGCACCUUCUGUAGGCUUUUGCUCCUCCCUAUCUCUCCCCCACCCUCCCAAGUCACAUCUUGGAUUCCCUAGCAGUGGCAUCCAGAAGUCUGAGAGCAGACAAUCUGUGACAUCAGGGCAGUUCAACCAAUCACUGCAGGAGGCUUCAUCACCACGUAUAACCCAUGAAUAAAGCCAGGAGCUUUUUGACAGAAGAGCCAAAUAGAAGUGCAGUAACCUUUAAUGAGUUGCCAGGAUUUUUUGGUAUAUACAUUAUAAAGCUAGUUGGCAUAGUUUCAGUUUUAAGGCAUAGGCUGUAGUUGAGCAAUUCAUGCUGUAGCUCAGCGUUUCCCAAACUGGGGUCUCCUAACAAGACCAGUGGUCAGGAGUGAUGGGAAUUGUAGUCCAAAAACAGCUGGAGACCCAAGUUUAGGAAACACUGCUCCAGCUAAUGAGAACCUGAACUAGAAAGGCUUUACUUCCUUCUCUUCAGGAAGGAAGACGAGCCUCCACUGCAUGCCACUUAAAUGCUUUUCUUUCUCUUCACAGCUACACAAUUGCUUUAAGCUUCAAGUGGAGAAUUACAGGAAACUGGGCUUGUUAGAGGAGGCUCUCCAGGCUGUGGUACUCUGGCUGGCUGUUCAGGGCAGCAGGAUAACAGAACAGAUGGCAGAGCCAAUCUCCGCCUGGGUCAAAGUCAAAAUUGAUGCCAGCAAAUCUGAUGACCUGAGACUGAAGUAAGAAUGGAACCGAGAGAUUGGGUAUUACUCUUAAAAUGGGGGAUUGAGGUUUGCCCUGUCAGAACUUGAAAAUGGCAGUUCGGGGGAAAACUUUUGUAUUUGUCUUGCUGCAUAUGCGUAGCUUUUGGAAAAUCUGCACCCUGUCCUUCCACUGUUGAAACAGUGCUUAAGUUGACUUACAUAGGUAAAGGUAAAGGGACCCCAGACCAUUAGGACCAUUAGUGACCGACUCUGGGGUUGUGGCGCUCAUCCCGCUUUAUUGGCCAAGGGAGCCGGCGUACAGCUUCCGGGUCAUGUGGCCAGCAUGACUAAGCCGCUUCUGGCGAACCAGAGCAGUGCACGGAAACGCCGUUUACCUUCCCGCCGGAGCAGUACCUAUUUAUCUACUUGCACUUUGAGGUGCUUUCGAACUGCUAGGUUGGCAGGAGCAGGGACCGAGCAACGGGAGCUCACCCCGUCGCCGCCGACCUUCUGAUCAGCAAGUCCUAGGCUCUGUGGUUUAACCCACAGCGCCACCCGCGGGCUGUUGACUUACAUACAUCAGUUUAAAACCUGAUGUCUGUUUUAUUUGUGCUUCUGAAGAUAAUCACAGCAGAUAAGACUACUAGAAGAGGAGUACAAUUCCUGCUCUUUGUGGCAUGGAUCUUCCCUGCCAUGCCUCACAUGCAUAAAGAUGUUCCAGCUUAUAUCUCCUUUCCUCCGGGAAAAGGGACACCGCUGGUUCUGAAGGAACUGGAGAGUUUUGCCUCAUGUCACAUCCUACCACUAAAGAAAGAACAUAGGAAAUGAGGCUGGUAUACCCACUGACACUUAGGUCCUCCCUUAAGCAACAGUCAAGACUCUAUUAAGCAAUAAAAUCUGUGUAUAUUAAAUGUAUAUACAGUGGUACCUCGGGUUAAGAACUUAAUUCAUUCUGGAGGUCCGUUCUUAACCUGAAACUGUUCUUAACCUGAAGCACCACUUUAGCUAAUGGGGCCUCCUGCUGCCGCCACGCCGCUACUGUGCAAUUUCUGUUCUCAUCUUGAAGCAAAGUUCUUAACCCGAGGUACUGUUUCUGGGUUAGCGGAGUCUGUAACCUGAAGCGUCUGUAACCUGAAGCGUCUGUCAUCUAAGCACAUGGUGCUUGCCAAAACAGCUAUGACAGGGCUGUACUUGAAGGCACUUGCAGUCCAAAAUAGACCCAGAAAAACAAUGGCUCAUGCAAUUCCUUUUUUUUUUUUUGUCAUAGUUUUUAAUUGAUUUUUAUACAGUUUAAACAUUUUAAUUCAGUUUCCAUACAGUAUUCCCGUAGCAUUUUGACUUCCCAUCCUUCCUUCUGUGAUGUUUCAAAUCCUUAUAUCUACUGCCUUGAAUAUCAUAUUUCUCUAAAAUAUAUCACUUCCUAUAAUAGAAAUUCCUAUAAUCUCUGCUAUAGGACAAACAAAAGAAUUCUUUGUUACUUGACAUCAGAUAAAGUGGGAAUGCUCAGUCUGCUGUUUUCUGACCUUUGUGGGGUUUCCAUAAAAUGUUCCACAGGGUAUUUAACAGAAUCCACCAAACCUGUCAUGCUGUUCAUGGAAACCUCCAAAUGUAAGGACUCCUAUUGGCAGCAGAAGGAACGUCACUGCUGCAGAGUUCCACGCAAAACUUCGCAUAGGUGGCAGCAGUAGAAUCCAACAUAUAUAGGCCUAACCUGUGCAGUAAUUGCCACUCAAAACUGGUGCAAAAUGUUGGGGUCCCAACAUUGGGUUCUCAUGCAUUAUGAUGUGUGGUGUGACAGACGUAGUCACAAUCCCACUUCAUAUUGCAUGGAGACCACAUAUUUGGAGGUCCUUGUAAACAAGGCUUUAAUUUCAGUACAGACAAGUUAACCAACUUCCCAACUUUGCCAGCGUCUUGAGGCUGGUCUUCUAUGCACAGUUUGCCACCAGCUUAAAAUAAAUUGGGUAUGUUGAUAGGGAACAAGUCCCCAAUUAGAGACUGAUGCUAGAUGAUGCUGGGACAAACAGUAGGAUGCCCAAUGCGUUGUUUCUUUGCUGCUUGUGAGAUCCCAGUUGUGUCCAGGGCCAACCCAAUACAUUCUGAUGCAUGAAAGACAACGUUUCAUCUCCCUAUUCCAUGUACAGAGCCAGACUGUCCUGGCAAUAGGCAUAAACAGUGGUGUUUACCACAUAUCAAAUAAAAGUGACUAGGGAGGAAUCUAAAUCGAUUCAUUUCUGUACUAUUUGUUCUAAACUUUUGAUAUACAUCAAUACAACAGAGACAGAACAUAGACCCUCAAUGUUCCAAUGAAGUUUGAGGAGUGAUAUAUUUUAGAAGAUUAGGAUAAAGUGAUUUCUCCAUGCCUUGGGGAUUGUGAUGAUAAAAGAUGCACCACACAAAUUAAUGUAGGCUAUUAUUUUCCCUUUUCUGCUCCUCUUAUCCAUUCUAAUUUUUCUCCCCACCCUCUUUUGUAUCAAUAUGUUCAACGUUUGUAUUUUGUCUUUAUUUUAAAAAUUAAAGUUUAUUUAAAAUAACAAAGAGCUUCAUUCUGGCAGCAGUACACCUACUCUGAAAAGUGUUAAUGGCAGACAACAUGGGGCCUAUACCACUGUAGCAGCAUUGUUUGAGCUGCUCUCCUUGGACCUGUGGCCAACAGACUGACUCUAGCAACUCCACACCUGCCGAAUGCAGAGGGAGAACACACAAUUUACAUAGCAUGGAUAAAAUUCAUUUUCUAUGUGGUUUGGUUGCUUACUGCUAAAUGUGUAAUGCUAAUAUGCUGAAAUAAACUGAUUAAUUAAUGUACCGUAUUUCACUCUAUAAGAUGCACCAGACCAUAAGACGCACCUAGUUUUUGGAGGAGGAAAACAAGAAAAAAAAUAUUCUGAAUCUCAGAAGCCAGAGCAACAAGAGGGAUCGCUGCGCAGCGAAAGCAGCAAUCCCUCUUGCUGUUCUGGCUUCUGGGAUAGCUGCACAGCCUGCAUUCGCUCCAUAAGAUGCACACACAUUUCCCCUUACUUUUUAGGAGGGAAAAAGUGAGUCUUAUAGAGCAAAAAAUACAGUACUUUUGUGGUGGGGGGAACACACUCGUGAUGGGGCAGCCUGAGGACAACAGGCUAGCUUAGGAAAUGCAGGGCAGACCUCUGGGCACAAACACCUCAACACCAUUUCUGCUGCCUGAGGCAGCCAGAUCACUCUGCCUGACAGUGCAGCUGGCCCUGGAGACAUCUGGCAAGAUGAGAAUAAAAGGCACACUGUGUUAUUGUAACCGUGUAAUCUGGAGUUGCCCUACUUUGGGUCUGUUGUAAUUUUUCCUUCUUGUUUUGCCUGCAUGUUCAUCACAGGACUCUAAAGGAGGGCCUGGAGGGAUACAGCUUGGAUACGGAGGUCCUCAUGAAAGUAUUGUUGGAGGAGCUGAAGGCUUACAAGACCGUGCGGGUAGACACUGGCCAGGAGCGCUUCAACGUGAUCUGCGAUCUGCUGGACAUCUGUUCAGAAGGCAGCGGCUGGGUUCACGAGCGGGCUGUGAUUCUGGUGGAACUGGCACAGGUUCUGUGUUACCAUGACUACAGUGAACAGACAGAAUGGUGAGUGGCCAGUAUUCUCUGGAGCUUCUAUUGUGAGAAGUGCUCGGGGUCCUAGCUGAGGUGUGUGCCCCUUGGAGAAGAAAGUGGCGAUUGAUGAGAUUCUUCUGCGUGGCAGAUUCAACCUUAGAAAUGGAAGGAGGUGGUUGUUCCUUGUAUUGUGGCUAUUGGUCCUGCCCAGGCCCUGCCACCUGCUUCCUAUAAACUCUUAUUUUCCUUUUCUCUGUCCAAUUUCUCAUCCUUCCUCUAAGUCAGGAGCAGCUAAUCUCUACUCCUCCAUCCCCACCCUUUGCUGAAAGGUUUUGGGGCUCCGCCACAACUCAAGAAAGAACUUUGAAGUCAAGAUAUGCAAAUUAAGAAACCUUAUGCUAGAGAGGCAUCUAUGUUCUAAGGAUAUACAGCGGUACCUCGGGUUAAGUACUUAAUUUGUUCUGGAGGUCUGUUCUUAACCUGAAACUGUUCUUAACCUGAAGCACCACUUUAGCUAAUGGGGCCUCCUGCUGCCGCCACGCCACCACUGCGCAGUUUCUGUUCUCAUCCUGAAGCAAAUUCUUAACCCGAGGUACUGUUUCUGGGUUAGCGGAGUCUGUAACCUGAAGCAUCUGUAACCUGAAGCGUAUGUAACCCGAGGUACCACUGUAAUUUACUUUUUUGCAGCACAGUAUCAGGGCAUUCUGCUCUGGCCUUUGCUAAGGUUUCCAUCCAUCCUUUUAAUACAGUGGUAUCUCGGGUUACCACUGUAUUAAAGGGACGUGGGUGGCGCUGUGGGUAAAACCUCAGUGCCUAGGACUUGCUGAUCGUAAGGUCGGCGGUUCGAAUCCCUGCGGCGGGGUGAGCUCCCGUCGUUCGGUCCCAGCUCCUGCCCACCUAGCAGUUCGAAAGCACGUCAAAGUGCAAGUAGAUAAAUAGGUACCGCUUUAUAGUGGGAAGGUAAACGGUGUUUCCGUGUGCGGCACGGGUGCUGGCUCACCAGUGCAGCUUCGUCAAGCUGGCCACGUGACCCGGAAGUGUUCUCGGACGGCGCCGGCUCACGGCCUCUUGAAUGAGAUGAGCGCACAACCUUCGAGUCGGUCACGACUGGCCCAUACGGGCAGGGGUACCUUUACCUUACCUCGGGUUAAGUACUUAAUUCGUUCCGGAGGUCUGUACUUAACCUGAAACUGUUCUUAACCUGAAGCACCACUUUAGCCAAUGGGGCCUCCCGCUGCUGCUGCGCCGCCGGAGCAUGAUUUCUGUUCUCAUCCUGAAGCAAAGUUCUUAGCCUGAAGCACUAUUUCUGGGUUAGUGGAGUCUGUAACCUGAAGCGUAUGCAACCUAAAGUGUAUGUAACCCGAGGUGUCACUGUAUUGCUGACUUAUUUUUGCUUUUAUUUUGCAAAGCAAAAAGAGUAUCUUCUCAUGAAUGUGCCCAACCUAGGAGACCUUGUGUUUAUAAUUCUCCAUGUUCUUCAUUCUGCUGUUGACAAGUCAUAAACACAAGCAUGUCACAUACAAAUUGCAUUUAACAAAUGGUGCAGAGUACAACCCCCUGCUUCUCAAUUUCCUUUCUCAGCAGCAGUUCUCUGCCCCUUGAUCCCAUAGCUACAAUUCAACACGCACACCUCACCACUCUCAUGGGUCUGAGCAGGGAUGGGGAAACCUGUGAUUCCCCUCCCCACAAUGUUACUGGACUUCAGCCCCCAUCAUCCCCAACUAUUGUCCAGGUUGGCUGGGGCUGAUGGGAAUUGGAGUCUAACAGUAUCUGGAAGCCACAGGUUCCUCCACCCUACUGGCUGUCAAUUAGUCACCAAGUUAAGUUCAAGGUGUUGUUUCUUGUGUAUGAAACCUUCUACAGCUUGGAUCCAAAAUACCAGAAAUAUUGUCUCACUCCUUAUAUACCCAAUUGAUCGCUGCUCUUUUCAGGUGAGGGCCUCCAGGAGGUACCAUCUUAUUAUGAGGCCCAUUCCAUACACUGUAGAAAUCAGAACUUUAGUGUUGUGGCACCUGCCCUUUGGAAUUCCUUUCCCUUGAAUAUCAGACAGGCUGAUGUUUUUUUUAGCACUCUCUGAAGCCCUUCCUCCUUCAGCAAGCCUUUUAAGUUGAAUUCUUUCCCAGUCUGCAUCUGUAGUGAAAUUGUUUUUAAGAAAGUUUAGCCCUUGUAGCUUGCUUCUCCGGGCCCCUUUGGGAGGAAGAGUGGGAUCUAAAUUUAAUAAUUUGUGUGCUAAGAUGCCCCAGAAUUUGUCCAGAAGAGCCUCCAUGGUUGAUGAAUGGGAGACACCAUUGACUAAACUCUGUCUCCUCCGCUUUAGCUCUGCCCUGGACUCUGUUCAUGAAGCCCUGUGGCUGUUGGAUUCUGUGCCAAAGACUCCCCAGAAUGAGGAGCAGCUCCAGGACGAUAAGGCCCAAGCCUUACUCUGGCUUUACAUCUGCACAAUUGAGGACAAAAUGCAUGAGGUAUGUGGCAGUAAGCAAAGCAGCACAGAGCUCUGCCGACUAAAUUCAGAGCUGCUUAUAUUUUGUGUUUUAGAAGUUGAAUGCUACAGUCUGUAUAAAAUCAUGCAGAUUAUUUCUACUAACCUUGCUGCAGAAGUAUACAGUGGUGCCUCGCAAGACGAAAUUAAUUCGUUCUGCGAGUUUUUUCGUCUUGCAAAUUUUUCGUCUUGCGAAGCACGGUUUCCCAAAGUCUUCAAAAUCACCAAAGUCUUCAAAAACCUCAAAAAAGGCUACCACACCGCGUGCUAUGAGUUGCUCCUCGAAGUCACCCUGGGUAUUAACGGUUUUAAGAAAAAGGAAACAAACUUGCAAGACGUUUUCGUUUUUCAUCUUGCGAAGCAAGCCCAUAGGGAAAUUCGUCUUGCGAAGCAACUCAAAAAACGAAAAACUCUUUCGUUUUGCGAGGCAUUCGUCUUGCGAGGUACCACUGUGUAUGCUGUUUACCUUAUUUCCAAGCACUGAAGCCUCAUCCCUGACAACUAGAAACCUUAAAAAGCCCACCCCUCUCGCUUCUCAGAUCUCAUCAGGCAUUUCCCCAUUGCUUACUUUCUUUAAUCAAAAGGUCUAGAAACCUCCCCCAUCUUCUUAAAAUCUCAGAUGAGGGUCAAGGAAAACAAAAUUGUAUUUGAUUUUUGCAUUCUUUCUGCUGUCAUGUUGCUGCAUACAAUCCUAGUUAAAGUGUAUUUGACUGUGUAGCAAGCAAAACAUCCAUAAUGCACCAAUGCUUAUUUAAGUGGAGAUGUUGGGAAUUGAACAUAUUUUGGCUUAGGAACUCCCUGCCUUUUUUGCUGUAAGCUUUUCAGCAUCUCCAGGGUAUCCUGCAUUGCAAUUGUAAUGUAUAGUAGGAUAGGACUUUUACAGUGGCAUGGAGGUGGUUUUAAACUGAAGUAACCUUUUGUGAAGAAUUGUGAUGCAUCGUGUGAUGUGUCAAUUAUUGUGAUGCAUCGUGAGGUUUGGGCUCAGUGAAACCACUGUAGUGGCUUUCUUUGUUAUGCCCUGAGCUGCUCCACAAGGGAUGAAGAUUUUAUGCCGCUGGGGACAGACAGUAUGUCCUCUCACUUCCAUACCAAUCUUUAUCCAUGUUGCUUUUUCAAAUGCAGAGCAUCAGGCAAGAGCAGAGGACCAGGAGUGCCCAUGCCAGGGGCCAGAAAGGCAUACAAGAUCUUGAAGGCUUUGAGACCAAUGAUCUAAACUAUGAGAACAAAUCCCAGGAUGACAAGUUCCUGUAUCUUGGCAUUGCAUUUAACCUGUCUGUGGAUUCUGGUAAGGAACUUGGUUGGGCGGGGAGGGUGGGGCGAGACACACACAUACAUUUGAAGCAGGUGUAGGGAACUUUCAUCCUUUUUUUUUUUUAAUGAUAUUUAUUAAAGUUUCAAAGAAAAAUUUACAUAAAUAAAAAGAGGAAAAAAAGAAAAAGAAAUAGAAAAGAAAAAAAAAAGAUGCAAAAUACAGAAAAAAGAUAAAAAACACUUAAAAAACACAUCAGGGAACUUUCAUCCUGCCGGGCUGCUAAAUUUGGCCUACAACACCAUUUCAGGCAAACCAUGCCCACCUGCCAGUCACCUGAUGUCAUAUGAUCUGAUACAAGCAUUAGGUGCUAAGAACUGUUAGCUUAAGUGCUGCCAUGUGAGGUGAUUGACAGGUGGGUGCAAUUCUGUAAGCGGUAUUGCCCGAUCAUACUAGUGAAUUUAUCAUCUGAUCAGGUAGAAAAUGGGGGAAAUAAGAUCGUGGGUGUUCUCUAACCAAGCUUCCUCAGUUUGUUGAUUCCCAACUGGAUUAUAAAAGGCACCAUAGGUAUUUCUGACCCAUCAAAAAGCAACCUUAAAUUUUCAUUGCUCAGAAAGGGACAUGUGAAAUGUGAGUUUCUAGUUACUGCACAAAGAACUGUGUUUUGAUUCUCCCUGCGAGGUGCUGAUUGUCACUGCAGUCUCUUGACCCCACCCAACACACAAACUCUCUUUUUCAGUGCAAUCAAAGUGUUUGGACGAUGCCCUUGCCUUGUGGAAGCAGCUCCUCUCCUGCAAGGGCAGGGUCCCAGCUGUACGUAACGUUGAGCAGACAGCAGCAUCCUUACACAUCAUGGCAGCUUUGUACAGAAUGAUGGGAAAGGUAAUGAGCCAGGCACUUUGCUUGGGCAAGAAGUCUAUAUAACUGGGGUUUUGUUCUCCUUCAGCUUCCUGAAAGGCCCUCUCUCUCUUUCCCCCCACUUCCCUGCUCUCAUGCAAGCACUGCAUUGUCUCUCUUUUAGGCUGAUUGUGAAAAGCCUUGGGGCAGCAGCAUGAUGGCUGCACCUGAGAACCUCACCUCCCUCCCCCUGUAGGAGUCCCAUUAUGCCCGCCCUUCUCCCUCUCUGCCCCUGCCAGUCUGAGGUGCCCUGCUUUCUGAUUCGAGAACUGGGAGCAGAGACAGCACGAGAAAUUGCAAUAUUUAGUGCUUCUUGGUGAACCUAAGAAGAGUCCUGCUGGAUCACACCAGUGGCCCAUCUAGUCCUCACAGAGGCUGAUCAAGAUGCCUAUGGGAAGUGACCACUGGAAGGUUGCCUGGGAGGGAAUGUGGGAGCCAGUGGGGGUAGAGUGUCAGAGUAGGACCUGGGAGACUAAUGUUCAAAUCCUCACUUGGCCAUGAAGCUCAGCGGGUGACCAUGGGCCAGUCGCCAUCUCUCAGCCUAACCUACCUCACAGGGAUGCUAUAAGGAUAAAAUUGGGAGGGGAGAGCCAUGUAUGUCACCUUGAGCUCCUAGGAGGAAAAGAGUGGCGUACAGUGGUACCUCGGGUUAAGAACUUAAUUUGUUCCGGAGGUCUUAACCUGAAACUGUUCUUAACCUGAGGUACCACUUUAGCUAAUGGGGCUUCCUGCUGCCGCCUUGCCACCGGAGCACAAUUUCUGUUCUCAUCCUGAAGCAAAGUUCUUAACCCGAGGUACUAUUUCUGGGUUAGCAGGGUCUGUAGCCUGAAGCGUCUGUAGCCUGAAGCAUCUGUAACCCGAGGUACCACUGUAUAUAAAUGCAAGGAAUAAAAUGAUAAUGUUUCCCUCGAACUGAAAAGGGUGGUUCCACCCUUUGCUGCAUCAACAGCAAAUGGCCAGUUCUGCCAUGGUGAGUGGACCAGAGCUGGCAGCAAUGUCUGGCUGUAUAUGGACCUAUAAACAUUUAAUGAAAGUGCUCAAUUUCAUUUUCUAAAGGAAAGAAGUUGUAACAAGUCUCCAGAUGUGUUAUUCUAUGAACUUGACUGCUUUCCACAUUCUGGAAAAAGUCAUGGAGCAAUGCUACUCUGCCCCUUGACCGGAAAGGAAGAGUUAAUUGAUUAGAAUCAGAUUUUGUAUCUGAAUGCCAUCUGAGCCGAUCUCCUCUGCACCCAGGAAGGCUUUCCUGUUAGGUCAUGGCAACUUUUAUUACAGAGCUCGGGUCCUCGUGAGCACAGAGUUCCCUUGAAUAGCAAAACUGACCAUCCCUGACUGUACUGGAUUGGGUCCCCACCACCCUGCACAUAUUUAAAUAGAUUUAUUUCCUUUUUUAUUAUGCAGCCAUUACAGGCCAUAGAGAGUUAUUUCCUCAUCACAGCUCUCUCCGGGGCACUUGAAGACUCUGUGGGGAAGACCAAUGCCUUGUGCCAAAUUUCCAAGCUACUUCUCCAUCUGGAAUGUCCCAGUUAUGCUGAGGUGAGCAUGAAGAGUAGUCCUGUGAAUGGCAAAAGUCCCUGGCAUCUCCUGAAAAGAUCCCUCUCUGAAAUCCUGGAGAACUUUUGCCAGUCAGUGUGGACAGUACUGGACCACAGCUCUGAUUCUGCCUAAGGCAGCUUGCUAGGUUUCAUGCCCUACGUACGUAUCACUGUUACAAAUACCCUUUUAAAAAAUGGCCACCUUAUUGCUGGGAGACUUUCUGUUCCAUCUACCCCAGCACAGUUGGCAGCAGCUGUUGGAGGUCUUUCGCCCAGCCCUCCCACCUAAAACUCUCUAACUAGUGAUGUUGGGUGUUCAACUUGGGGCUUUAAAGUUGCUCUACCAAUGAGAAUGGAGCUUUUUACAGCCCAAGGCCCUACUGGCUGCCAAUCUGGGAAAUGUGAGAGUUGAAUAUGCUUCCUCAAUACAUUGAUACCUUGGUUCUUGAAUUUAAUCCAUUCUGGGAGUCCGUUUGACUCCCGAAACAGUUUGAAAACCAAGACGCAGCUGCUGGUUGGCUGCAUGAGCUUCCUGCACUUAAUCAGAAGCCAUGUUGGAUGUUCGGCUUCUGAAAAAGGUUCCCAAACCAGAACACUCACUUCUGGGUUUGCAGCGUUCGGGAGCCGAUUUGUUCAAGAGCCAAGCCGUUCAACUACCAAGGUACCACUGUACAGCUUUGAUGUAGCCAUGCUUUGCCUUUCCACCUCCUAAAAAGGAUCACCAGAUGUACUAACAAUUCACUUUAACUCAAAGCAUCAACAAAGAAAGGAAAAUGCUCUAGGGGCCCUCAGGGUUGGAGAUUUCUGAAUAGCAAAUUGCUCUGAGAGGUCCUUCCCAAUGCACUGCUUUUGAUACAUGAUGGAAAGCCAACAGUGGCAGAGAUGGGCAAACCUCCCUCAGGAGGCCAUCUGACAACUGUGGUGGUGGGAACUAUUCCGACCUCUGCUGUUGGGGCUCAGUUCAAUCUCGUCUCCCAGUGGCUGAGUAGAGAAUGAUAACUGCCCAAGGCCUUAGUUCAAAAUUAGCAGUCUGACUUGGACCUGAAAGCAAAGAGCCAAAAUAAACCUCAGUGAGGGCAAAUGAGACAAUUAAGCAACUGUACCACUGUAUGCCCCUUCAUGGAUCACUGCCUUGUUGUCGUGAAGGGGCUUGAAUAACUCCAAGACGCUAUGAGCUAUGCCAUGCAGGGCCACCCAAGAUGGACAGGUCAUAGCUGAGAGUUUAGACUAAAUGUGAUCCACCUGGAGAAGGAACUGGCAAUCCAUUCCAGUAUUUUGCCAAGAAAACUCCAUGGACAUAAAAAAGGAGAAGCUUUGAGAAGAAAGUGAGUUUCCAAGGCAUGCUCUGGUUCAUGGGGUCACGGAGAAUCGAACACAACUAAGACGACUAAACAACCACAACCACUGUAUGAGCCAUGAAGGUGACAAUCUGGAGACAAGCUUAUUCCUGUUGGAGGCCCCACAGACCUGAUUUAUAGAUGGCUUUCUUAUUACUUACUGCUAUUAAGGUCAGCUGCUGAUAAACGGGACAAAUGUUGUCUGAACUCUUGUUAUUUCAACUCUAGCGGACAACUGCUGUGCUAAUGUUAUUUUGUCCUGUUUUAUUCUCUUGCAGACCACUUUAAAGGAGGCUGAAUCAUGCCUGCAAAAUGUGGACAGAAAGAAUGACUCUUGCCUGCUGACCAAUCAAACACUAGCUGUGCUCCGUAGCAAGCUGUGCUUAGCAAACCACAAGGUAUCCUUGUGGGGGUUGCCCUUUUGCAUUCACUGCACAGCACUGAGACUGGCAAGCAAGCCAGGUUACUAAAAGAACUAUCUUCAGUAAAAAAGCGUUUGUGUGUACAUGUGCCAGGAAGGAGAGAGUAGAAAGCCACAUGGGAAUGAUGCUUCUGGGUCCGUAGGACCCUAAAAGGGAGUCUACUGCAUUAUGCUAUGGCUAACACUUUGCUGAAACAUUCAAAACCAAGAUUGCCCCUCUGCCAAUAUGUGAUUCUUUUUGCCCAUAAGUAGGUUGCACUGAUUAAUUAUUCUGGAAGGGGCUGAACCAUUUGUCACAGUUAGGCUGCACCUCGAUUUGUUCAAGAUCCAUACAGGCUUGAUAACUUUUUUUGUACUUGUGGGCUGGAGCUUUGAUUCUGCGGGGAUUCUGCAGGAAUGAACUGAGGAGCCCCACCGCUACUGGGCUAAUUAUAAACGUAGAUCAUUACUAGCCACAAGUGGGUUGGUUUUUAUCCUAUUGUCCGCAGUAUGGAUAGGAGAAUGCUGGAUCAGGUUGGGAUAUUCUAGGUUCAGCUAUGAUGUGCACACAUGGGUGUCAAAUUGCAGGCACUUCCAAACUUUCAGAAAAUUUCCCUGGGGUCAAGAAUCAAUUGCAUUCUGAUGCAUAAGCUUUUGCAGCAUAAAUCAAACGCUGGUUGGUGCACAAUGGAAGACAGUCUUCUUUGCAACUGAUCAUUUCCCCUCCUCUCUAUGCGGACAGAUUGAAGAAGGUGUCAUUCUUCUAGUGGAAAUCUUGCAGAACCCUGCUUUGCAAAGGUCCUCUAAGGUCUGGUACCUGCUCCGAGCCAGUGCUCUCCAGUUGACAGCCGCUUACCUUGGUCUGCCAGCUUCUGCCCUCCCACUGGCACUGAGGCAAAAACUCUGGGUUCAAGGUGAGUGCAGAAGCAUCCAUGCAUCUCCUCCUUGAUAGUAAUCUGUACUCAUCUGAUACUAGCAAUUCACCUGUCAAUAAGUGAAUUGUAAAUGAAUGGAAGAUUUUGAGAACUUUGUGAGCUGGAGAGGGUAUCCAAACAUUCAAGUGCAAAGAGAAGAUGUUCCUUUCCAGAUGUAUGGGAGGAGCAUACUAGAGUUAGGUUUCACCCAGCAGGUGAACAGCAUGUCGUUCCCAAGUGGAAAGGGAACAGCCAAUUUUAAAUUCUGGGGCAGAACAGCAGUGUUGAUUGGUAAUCUGCAGUUCUUGGGUUGUUGUAAAUUCCACCAUACAAGCAGAGAUUGAGGGUUUAAGCCAGAGAUGGCAAACCUGUGGUCCCCCAGUUAUUCUUGGAUUCCAGCUCCCAUCAUCCAUGGUCAUUGAUUAUGCUGGCUGAGGCUGAUAGGAGUAGGGAGUUCAAUAAUGUUUGGAGAGCACCAGGUUGCCCAGCCCUGUUUCUAAGCUAUGCUAACAGUGUCAUAUAUCAUGGAAGUUUCUUCCUUGUGUGUAGAAGAGGUUCCCACCAUGCACUAGUCCUGUAAAUAGUCUUGGAAGUAAAAAUCUGCUUCCCUCUUCAUUGCGAACUGUGUUCCAGGGAACAUUUGCAUUUCUUGGGAGCUAAUCAAGAGUUUCUCAUCUCUGAAAGCAGGUUGCCCCUUAAAAUGUACGGCCCUAGGAAACCACUGGGUGUUCUGUAAGCUACAUCCCAAUAGUUAGAGGCCUAAUAGGCGUGCUUAUUACUAUGUGGGCAUUGCGUAUUGUUCUCUUGAACACGUCUCCCAAAUAUUGGCAGCGUACAGAGGUCCUUUCAUAUGGGUUGCUUGUGGAAAGGUUUCCUUGAAACUACAAAGCUUGUUGAACACAGUAGUAACGUAUAGUGUGUGUUCUCUCCUAUCAUGCAGGAUGGAAGACUCCUGAAACGGCUCUGGGUGAUGCUCACAAACUCUACCGCAGCAUCCUCUUGAGCUUCUCACUGAUUAUCAGCGACACAUCUGCUAAAGAUGUUUCAGAGCAUCAGUUUGUAGAUCACGGUAAAAUGUUUAUUGCUAUCCUCUGAAAGUGUGCAAAGAUUUUUGCUAUUUUUCAAAAUCCUGUAUGCAUGAAACUUUCCCUAAACUGGGGCGAAGCGGUCCACUGUUAGAAUAUUGCUGCUGUUUACUAGUUCCUUUUCAGCCCAAGGAUCUAUUGGAUAAAACCGAUAUGCCGUAUCUACCCUCGAAAGGGAGCAGCUGGUGUUUUUUAGUAUCCAUCACUAUGGAUUGUGCUUUACAAGCUUUUUGGAAUUCUAUGGAAUGCAAAUUGUGAUACAAUGUAGGAAAUCAAUUAAAAAUACGAUUAAGUAAUCAUGCAGCAUACCUAGCACAGCACAUUACGGUUGUGACAACAGACGGAAAAAUUAUUAAGUGGCUUAUUUUCAGGUAGUUUUCAAGUACUGUAGUCUGUUGCAUUUGGGAGCAGCUGGGCUAGACAGUUGUGCAAAAGGUGUCAUGGAAAAAUGAGUGGAGUAGUUUAACUAAAUUUAGACUGUCCAUAUGCUGGUUUUAGUGAUUUAAAAAUUAUAACUUGUUCUAGUGGAAGAUGCUGAAGUUAUUCCAUAAAAGAUGGCAGAGAUAUACAUUCUGGGUGGUAUUCAGCAGCUAACUGGUCCCACUAGUGGAAGCCUACAUAAGGGCUUCUCUUGGCGCAAUGGGGCUUCCCUGCUGUCACCACCGCUCCAGCAUUCCCCAAAACUGGCCUUUGGGAGGCAGGAGAAGCCCCUAGAACAGUGCAAGGGGAGGGGAGAGGGGGAAUUGUUCCAUCUGGCAAGCUGAAAAUUAGCGCUGACAGAACAAUAGCCCUAGAGCUAUACUGAAUUCCUCCCUCUGAAAAUAAACCAAAUAUGUUUCAGCACACAAUCUUGGAGCUUGGUUGACCUUCGGUACUGGAACGGCUUCCUAACCACAUAAAAUCUAUGGAUUGUUACAAGCAAAUGCCCCCCAGUUGCUACUCCUUAUUUUACUUUGUUCUCUUAUUUCAUUUACUCUGCCAAGCUCAAGCAAUGAAACUCUUCAACAGCUCACCUCAUCUGAGCAAUGGGGUUUUUUUUUAAAAAAAAUGCAGGGAAGUAAACCUGCAACUUUGCAACCAGAAUAAAUGUAGCUGCAAUAUUUGAUGUUGGGUGCAGAGUUCAGCAUCUGGAUACUCAGCUGCAUUAAAAGCUCUUCUGGAUGCAUAGGCAGGUUUGAGAAACCUGUGGGCAAAAUGCCCAGUUAAAUCCCAGAAAGAGGCUUUCAGUGGUUGGGAGGCAAGAUGCCCUGAAUAGCUCAUUGGCUUUCCCCAUGGCUUGCAGAAUAAAUUGUGCUAAUUAGGGAAUGCUUGUAUACUGUAGAUGAGGUGCACAGUAUGGUUUACCUUGGUAAAGAAUUAUCAAAUGAGGCAAACACUAAGGCUGAGCGAUAUCUGGUUUUCAACACUGAUGUGAUACAUCAGCAGCUUAAUACCACAAUAUGCUGAUAUAUCACAAUGUCUCGAAUGUAUAUUGGAUCCUUUUUCCUCUCCAGUCCUACUGAGCAAGCCGCCAUACCACUCCAGCUUGCAUGAGCUGGACGGGCGCAGGAGCAUCCUUAAACUGCUUAGUUGGGGGGUGGGAAGCCUCCUGCCUCCUAGUUCUCGGACAAGUGCCCAGUGAAUAGGUGGUCCCAAAGAAUGUCACCUGCCCGAUCUUAAUGUAUGUGGAGUUACUGUGUUCCACACUUCAGCAUGCUAUCUCUUUUGAAAGCCUUAAACAUGGUGCAGCUGGAUGUCCAAUUAAAAUGCCCUACGCAUACGCAACUUAAAUGUUUCUUUCCCCGCCCCAAACAAAUUUGACCAUCCUACUCAGGUGAUAACUUGGUGCAGAAGUGGCAGGUGCUGGCUGACAUGUUUGUUUGCUCCGAGAGCUUUGUCUCCCUCUUGGGCAAGAUCGAGAUUGUCAAUGAAGCAAAAGCUUUCUGCCUGGAAAUGCUGAAAAUCUCCAUGAGGCUUCAGUCUAUUCGAUGGUAAGGAAUGUAAAUGGGUAAGGAGGGGGAACCCGUGGCUCUUCAGAUGUCACUGAACUAAAAUCCCUAUCAUCCCUGACCAUUGGCCAUGUUGGCUGAGUCUGGUGGAAGCAGGAGUCCAGCACCUGAAAGUGGGGGGUCAGCAGUUUUCAACCCCUGAUAUAUAAUGAAAAUAACAUUGCACAGACAAUCUCAUAGGUGGGGGAAUUAGAGACCUAGACUUGAACUUGUGUUGGCCUAGUCCCUUCUCAAAAAUGUGGACCCAGGAAGCCUAGAGGCAAGCCCUCCUUAAUCUGUUGAGCUUAUCUGUGCAGAGCUGUGAGGGGCAUAGGGCGGAGGACAGCCUUUUGUGAAAUUUUGGUAGAGAGCAGCAUAUUGAGAUAGGGUGCAGUGUGUGGCUGCAAUUGUUGAAUAUUAGGAACCCUCUAAUGUCUGCUUGGCCUGCUCUUAUCAGGUGUGCUCGCUUCCUGGUCUUGAAGAGUGGACUGGAACUACAGCGCAGUGACCUGGAGCUGUGCCGCUUGGAUCUGGAGCAGGUCUUGUUUCUUCUUGAGUCGGGCACAGGUGAGGCUUUUCCACCCCACCUAAAGCAGCCAGAGCAGGGAUGGUAGAACUUUGGAACCUCUUGCUGCAAGAAGAAUGGGGAGGCAAACUGCCGUCUGCAGAAGGGGAGUUGUUUUGCCCUGUGACUUAACUCCAGGGGAUAAUCAAGUCUCCCUCUGGAAGGGUAGAUCUGGGCUUGAGGGCAUGGUUCUAGACUUUUCAGACUGAUAAACUCUUCCCCUCCCCCAAAGCCAAACCAACCUACACGGGCAAUGCAUCCUCACAAAAUCAUGUGCCCACAAAGUUAAAAGGGGCAAUUCCACAAACACUUAGCAAGCAACAGCAAAUCCUCCCUUUACAAAAAACGGAAUAAGAAUGGAGGAAAAUAGGCAGUUGGGCCGGGUACAACGUAAAGCAAAGCACCAGCCCCACCUGCCCUUUCCAAUGCUAGGAGUCCCUGUCAGCCCCAGAUGGCUCCCAAAGCCAAAGAAAGAGACCUCGGUGGCAAAAAAACUAGACCCUCUAAAUAAAUUUUUAAAACCCUAUUUUUAAAAAUUGGGAGAGGCAGGAUGCUUUGAGGGCACCCAUGUGCAGCAUAUCAGCAGCCCUAGCUUGAGGGUGUAGGAUCUUCAAACACACUGAUAUUGAGACCCGCUGUGCCAUAGCUGUCAACUUUUCCCUUUUAUUGCGAGGAAUCCUAUUCGUAAUAAGGGAAUUUUCCUUUAAAAAAGGGAAAAGUUGACAGCUAUGCGCUGUGGGCUUCCUCUGAAAAGGUGCCAUGCUUCAUCCUUUCAAUAUUGGUAAAUAGGAAUCUGAGUAACUUGGUUGCUUGUUUCCUGCCUGGGCGUAAAGAACCUUUUACACCCCUUAGUCCAAAGAUGACUUUCCCUUUGUGGAGGGUUCAGAUCAGUGUUUCCCAAACUUGGGUCUCAAGCUGUUUUUGUUCUACAGCUCCCAUCAUUCCUAGCUAGCAGGACCAGUGGGAACUGUAGUCCAAAAACAGUUGAAGGCCCAAGUUUGGGAAACACAGGUUUAGAUCAAUUUUGUGUUUAAGCUUUCAAAUUGAUUUGCAAAGUGUUUUCCUCUGGUGCCAGGGGAAAAUACUCACUUAGCUCAUCUCUCCUGCCUCCAGUUUUUGAAACCAAAGAAGAAAAAGAAGGUGUGAAAAUCAAGCCCAGGAAAGGCAGGUCUAAAAACAGGACGCCUCAAGGUACAUGUGUAGAGCCCGCUGAGGAAGAGCAGCCUUUCUUGAAAGAGGUCUCCCUCGAGUUUGUUGACACAGUCUCGCUGCAGAAGAAGACCCUAACCACCUCGCCAGUGCUGAAGUCCAAACAGAAGAAGCAUGCUGGCUUCCUGAAUCACCCAGAGGCCUGCCACUGCUUGCUGUGCUCUGAUGUGGUCCUCUCUGCCGUCUGUCUCGGCUGGCUGGUCACCUCUGCAGAGGAGGAGCUGGCAUCUGGGAACACGGCGGAAGGCUUGCAUCUCCUUGAGACCAGUCUGAAACGGUGUGCCACUGUGGCUUUGCGUCUCUCCAGCAUGGUGGCCUGUGUUUCUCAAGGCAAGAAGGGGGUCAUACCUCAUCAGUCCUCAGUUCAGAUUCUUGAUAAUCUGGUGGCCCAUAUCUAUGUGACUCUGGCUUGGCAAAGUGUGAACACUGGCAGACCAGAGAAGAAACUUUGGGGGAUUCUGGAGACUGGCUCGAGCUUGCUGUCUUCUAAGGAGACUCGGCUGCUUGGCUUCCAAUACCAAAGGGCCAGGCUGCUGCUUGCCAAAGCUGUGGGUACCAUGUCUAUCCUAGCCUCUACUCAAUAUGACAGUGCAGAAAACCUAUUUUCUAGUGCUUGGUCCUGGAAGUCCCCAUUGUCUCUCCACGGGAACCCAGAAGGCAAGCAAAAGGCAGAAAAGGCAGUCAGUUCACUUUGCACGCUGCCCCUGAAAAGCAAAACGCCGAAGCAGCCAAGAGCUGACCAAAAAGCAAAGUCUAAGCGAAUCCAAGGAACUAAACCUCUGCCCGUGGCCAGACCUAAUAAUCCAUUUGCCCUGGCUGACUCUGAUUCAGAGGCUGCUCCGGUUGUCCUUAGACCGCCUGUCGAGCACCGUACCCCAGCCCAGAAAUCCCUCCCCGCUCCCAGGCCGACCCAGCAUUCAGCAGCCAAGCCGCGCCUGAAGGCUCCAUUUGCAGUUUUUGAGGAAUCUUCUCCAAAGCUAAACACCAAACUUCCAAAGGCUCCCAAAGUGUCGAAGAGAACGAAAUCUCGAAUUAAGGUAACAAUUAAAAUAAUAAUAAUCCAUUAAACGUCAGCAACCCUAGCAUGAAACGAACCUGAAAGUUGCCUUGCUUAAUCUGGGCCAUGGUCUUAAUAUGGAAACGUUAAUUGUGGCUGCUGUGGUUUAUUAAAAAUAUACCUUAAAUAUUUACAUGACUAAUCUAUGGAGUUGGUUUGCAGGCUUCCGGGGUGAGGGGUGCAUCUGGUUGUCUGCUGUGAAAAUGGGAUGCUUGACUAGAUCAGCCGCUGGUCUGAUCCAGCAGGAUUCUUGUGUUGUCCUUCUAAAGCAGGGAUAAGAAACCUUUGGUCCUCUGGAUGCUGUUCAGCUUCAGCUCCCACCAGUCUUGCCACCACCAUCACAGGCAAAGAUAAUGGGGUCAGGACCUAUACAGCCCAGCAUCUUGCUUUCUUCAUUGUCCAGUUAGAUGCCUAGGAAAAGCCUACAAGCAGGACAAUGUCAUAAUAGCUCUGAGCAAUGGCUGUCUCCCAUUGUUGUUUGUUCCUAAGUGACUAGUAUUCAGUGGCAUGCUGCCUCUGCACCUGGAGAUAAUAUCACCACCCUGGCAUGAACUUGUCCAACCUCCCCACCCCCCAAACCCCAUAUAAUCUAGCAGCUAUCACCAAAUAUUGUGGUAGCCAAUUCCAUUAGUUUAAGAGUUUUGGGGAAGGGGAGGUGAAGAGAAAGCAAAACAAACUUCUCCCCCCUCCCCAGGUCUCUUUCUAUGAUGACAGUGAUAUGGAAGAUCCUCCAGAAGCCAUGCAGGCGUCCCAGUUGCCUGCUGCCAAAGAGCCAGUGCCUGCCACCCCCAAGACAGGAAGAAGGGUGGCCUCUAGCAGGAAGGCAUCCCAGAUGAGCUGUAGCACUAACUCUUCAGACGGCUGCUCUCAAAUGGCAACGCCCCUGCCCAGGAGGCCACGGGGUAGGGGAGUUUCUCGACGAGGGAAGCAGCAGGAGGAAACCAAAGAAGCUCAUUGUGAGGAGACAACUGCCCAUUCUCAGGAUGAAGAAGAAAAGGAGGUUCUGAGGACCAUUGAGGAAGGUCCUGAGGCCAGCUUUGAAGUCCUACGGGGUUCUGAUGAAGAAGCGCCAGUAGUUGAAGGUGAGAUGUGACUGCUUGGAAAAAGAAAACAGUAGUUGAAGAUGGAAGGUGAGAGACCUAGGAAUGAGCUAGUUGACAGGCAUCUUAGGCAAAGUAGCAGGAGGGUAAGGGGAAACAGGAGGCUUUAAAGGGAAAGAACAAGCCAGAGUAAAAUAAGAAUAUUCCAUAGGUGUUGGAGCAAGUCUGAUUUCUCUUUGUCGUCUUCCUUUCUGCCUGUCAUCAAGCUUUGAAGCAGAACAUCCUGUGGGGUAACUAGCCUCAUACAGCUGACAUUGCUUAAGUCUAAUUAAUGCAUGAAGGGGUUAAGACCGUAGAGUAAACUGUCCUUCCAGGCUUAGCUUGUCAUGGGAGGGACUGCCCCCUACCAGUCUAUUUGAGAAGCGCAACAUGUGAGGAGGUCAGAGCUGGUUGCUGCAGCUCAGACCGCAUGGUUCUUACAAGCCUUUCUUGAGCUCUUAUACCAAUAAUUUAGGAACUUUCACCACUGUAACUAAGAAAAGUUUUAUUGCCUGUGCAACAUUUUCUGACUGCUGUAUGGAAAAACACAUGGAUCUGAACUUUUGAGAGUUUCUAAGUAAAUACUUUUAAACUUACUAAACAUGUGGUCUUUAUACUAGGGGAAGAGGGAAAUUUAGGAACUCACAAGGGCAUAUUUUAAGAUCCAAAAGUCUUUAUUUCCAUGCUUUGCUCCAUAUUUUAUGAUUUAAAAUCUGCUGGGGUUAUCUCACCUGCUCUUUUAAAAUGAAGUUUCUGAAUAGCUCCUCUGCUAAUCAUGGGGCAAAGCAAAGGCCUGUUGAAAGACCUUAAUCCACUGGUAAUCAAAUUCAGCAGGCGUAACCUGCAUGCUUUCCAACCUGCCUUCUCAAUGACAAGCGUUAGAAAGUUGUUUUUUAAAUGCAAUGUUGAGAUCUCUUAGUAAUUCAUUUCAGGUAUGUAGCUGGCCUUCGUUAUAUGUGUAUUCAUGUGCUGCAGCUGACAUAAAGGUUUACUGUGGUAUGAGCUCUUGCUUGGGAAGCCUCAUUCUGUGCCCAACAGGGUGCCAUGCGAAAUUGCACCCAAGCCACAUCCCUGAUUAUAGAGGCUGUUUUGCAGCUGGCAUUGAUGCGUUGGCAUUACUACUUCUCACUGCAGAACGCAGGAGGCGGCCUAUCCGUCGGCUGAAUGACACAGAAGAGGACCAAGAGGUUCUCCGGCGUGAUGCCAGCAUUGACUUGCAAGAGGCUUUCCAGCCUACAGAGAAGAGAGCUUCAGAGGACCCUUUCAACUUGCACCCGCUUGCUGCUUCCCUGGAUGCCCCUGCCAGUAAGAAACAUGAGCCUCUCCGCUCUGCUCUUCAGCUCCCUUUUUUAAGCCACGAUUCCCACUUUGUGAGGCAGCCUAACGUCCCAGGGCAGGUUACAGCAUUAAAACACAGUAUUAAAAACAGCUUAGAGCAACUUGCAAUCACAAAAAUAAGGUGGGUUCUGAAAACAUACACAAAAAUACCUUAGAUGUUCCCUACUCUACUAGCUUUGAGGAAGGAAGGCACUGAAUGUGUUUUCUCCGUCUCACAAAAAAUUACUGAGCCUUUCAGGCUUCAGAAGUUCCCAAGGUUUAAGCCUUUGCGGUGCUGAGGACUAGAAACUUGGGUCUUUCGGCUAAACAGAAGCCAAGGUCUCUGACUCUUGAAUUCAUCACUCAAUGACAAAUGCCGUGGCCUCACUGAGGUUUUGUGUAGUUCACACAAGUCUGGGUGGUAGGCUCCUUCUUCGUCUUCCUUGGUUCACAUUGUAAGCAGUGUCCUAGGGCUGGGGGUUUAAAGCAUUUUGCAUAUGUUGCUGCAGUAAUCUUUAAAACAGCUGUGCAAGGGCUGGUCAAUAUAAUUUAUUCCCAUUCUGCAGAUGUGGAGAUUGAGAGGCGGGGCAUGCUUCAAAUGACCCAAUCAGCUCAUGGUGACACCCUGUCCCUACUUUUCCCAAGUCUAAAAACCUGGCCUUCAAGAGUUCAAGAUAUAAUCUAAAAGAUGCUUACUAGGCAAUAAGUUUAUUGAGAGCCACUGUGGUCUCCUGGUUACAGGACCAGGACCAGGGUUGGAAUUCCCACUUGGCCAUGAAGCUCACGGUGUGACCUUGGGCAACAAUGUCUUAGUCUGUGAGGAUAAAACGUGGAGAGCGAAGAACCAUAUACACCAGCUGUGGGAAACUGGAACAGGCCAGAGACUGGAUCCAAAACUGGCCUGCCCCCUGUGGACCAUUUUUGACAGGUGUGGUAGGACCACCCACUUGUCAAUCACCUGAGGUCAUAUGAGCAAUAAGAUUGGAAGUGAGCCUCUACUUGCUUUCCAAAAGACAGCAGCAGAGGCUUAUCUCUAAUCUUAGUGCUGUGAGAAAAGAGCACAAAGAUCGGAGAUAAGGGAACCCCCUACCUCCAACCUUAGCAUUUACAUCACAGAUAACAGAUCUCUGUGCCUAAUGGCAUAAGGCAUCAGGUGACUUUACAGGUAAAUGUGAUUUGCUCGAAGUGGCCUGGCGCAGGCCAAAUCCAGGGGCCUGACAGGUCUAAUUAAGAUUCCUUGCUACUGAUAUGAAUGAUGCUGAGCCAGGGGGAAGAGUAGAAUACAAAUUUAAAUAAAUUUUAUAAAUUUGCAACAGUUCUUAAAAUUUGUUAUUCUGGAAUCACGCUGUUCAGUUCACAGAAUAAACAUAAAUGUUCAGUUUUUCAUUUAAUUCAGGUUUUUCUCUCUCUCCCAAACUAUUGUAGACUCCUUGUCCAUGGACUCUGUCUAUGACUCCCUGCAAGCUGCCUUCUACGCAAUUGGACAUUACCCUCCGGGUGCCCUCUACAGCCAUCUCUGCCGGCUCAUGGCACUGUGCACUGGGAGCCGAGACCCCAUUGCUACUGCCUACCUGGUUUCUGAGUCGGUCUCUGUAACUUUUCGUCAUCAGAUACUGACCGUCAUUUACAAGAAGCUCCAGUAAGCUCAUAUUUUGGGGGGAAGGGGAAGUGGUGUAUACUGUAUGUAAGUGUGGAAAACAUAGCCUUGGGUAGGUUUGCUUGGAAGUGUGUGAGAGAGUAAAAAAUUAUCCACUCUCAGUGGACCUGAGCAAGCCUCAUGACUGCAGGGAGUUAAAGCCUCUUCCAGAUGUUGUUUUUACAAUGAAUAAACAAUAAUUUUACAAUGAUGAGUCAGCUCUUGAUGCAGCAGAAUUGUCUCUCCCUGAGGAGCUCAUCUAAAGCAGGCAAAGAGCAAAGAAUCAUGCAGAGAUGCAGUAUUAAAAUUGUAAAAUUGUAAAAAUGGAAAAUUGUCUUAAAGAUUGGGGUCUGUAUCAGUGUAUCAGAUCUAUACAAGGGAGUGAAUCUGAACGCAUUUCCCCAGAACAUCCAUUUUCCAAAUGCCUUUUCCAACCAUUAUAAGUUUUUCAAACGUAUUUAAAAUCCAUGCUGGUAGAAAGCAAAAUCUGCUUGGAUGUCACUGUGAAUCUUAACACGGGCUUUUGUUUAUGCUGCUGCCAGAAUGUGGGUGUGUGAAGUGUCUAUUAGCAACUGAAAUUAGCAUCUUGCUUGCCUCAUGCUUUCUGUUGCACAUCCUUUGAAAGCUGAUGUCUUAAUGACCCCUGGCCUCUUGUUUGAUUCUUAGCAAAAUGAAAAAGGUAUCUGUGGCCAGCGCCUUAAAGCAGUUGGAAGCACUUAGCCUGCAAGAAGGAAAAACUGAUUCUCCGUUCCAGCACCUCUCUGAGUUACAGAACCUCUUUGAAUUCAGCUGCCCCAGCCCAACAAAGUUGGAGACGGAGAACUUCAGAGAACAGCUGCAACAAAUCCCUUCUGGUAUAUGACAUGGCUUCAGUGGGGGAGAGCAGGUGGUACUUGCUCCCCAUUCAAAAGGAUGGUGGUAUCUGUGUUCCUAUAGCAGAAAAGGUUGUGAGUCUUAUCGCUGCAGCAGAACCCUUUAAUGAGCUGGCAGUUUUUGCAAUACCACGGUCUAGAACAGGGGUCAGCAACCUUUUUCAGCUGUGGGCCAGUCCACCAUCCCUCAUACCAUGUGGUGGGCUGGACUAUAUAUAUUUUUUGUGGGGGGAGAACCAAUUCCUAUGCCCCAGAGAUGCAUUUUAAACAAAAGGACACAUUCUACUUAUGUAAAAACAUGUUGAUUCCUGGACAAUCCACGGGCCGGAUUGAAAAGGCGAUUGGGCCACAUCCAGCCCAUGGGCCUUAGGUUGCCUACCCCUGGUCUAGAAUUAAAAACAAAAAAUUGUGCACUCCAGAUAGGAAUUGGAACGUUGAUGAUUUAAUUAAAAGAGCUGUAAAUUUUGCCUGGAUUUCUGUAGUUCAUGCUUUGUCAUGCUGGGCAUGUUGCUUUAGGUAAUGAGCGGGAUUUGGGUGACGGGAACUAUUUUCACUUAUUUGGGAAUGGAGCUGGGAGUGUAGAGUUAAGUUGACCAUAAUCAUUUCCUUGGCCAUCUGUGGAUCCUGAAAUGCCAACAGAGACCCCCUCAUUUAUACUUAUUUCUCAAAACAAGGACUAGAAAUGUGUUUCGUUUUAAAGGGUGUUGUGUAGGAUGAGGAGGUGCUGUGUCUUAAGAAACACAGGAGCUUCUGUGCUCGCAGUUUGGGACUUGAUGGCACAUUUGUGCCUCCUGUUACGCUCCAGCAAAUAAAAGUGUUGCUUUAACCACCCUAUGUGCAGUUCUUCUCUUAAAAAAUUGGGGGGCAUUGCUGUCUCCACCACAGGGGUAACUGUGUGUAUAUUAACCCUGGUGAGCAUCCAGCCAGAAAUUAUUGGGGACGUCCUCUUGCUGACACGGCUGGAGAAAGAUGCCCCCCCAGUGACCAUCCAGAUACAGACCAUGCACACCAAGGUAAGGAAGUAAAAUUUGCAUUGGCAGCUUCCUGGUUGGAGGGGCCACCUUUUUCCAUCAUGCCCCUUUGUUUCUCAGGUACCUGUAAGUGCAGCCCUUGGUGAACUUGAUGCCAUCCUACAGAAACAGAAAGAGAUCUCCAACCUCACGGACAGGAAGGACUGGUGGAAUGGCAGGGUUGCCCUGGACAAGAGGAUGAAGGUGAGAUCUCCGUGGUCUUCGGCAUUGCCCCAAAUCUGCCAGAAGGCUGAGCCCUUUGACUUCCAGCAGCAGAGAAGAGGUGGCUAAAGUCUAGCAAAGGAUAAGAGAGGUUGUGCUACUUAUACGCCUGGCACCUGUGACUGUAGGCAAAAGAAUGGACCUGGGUGACUGGGGGGUGGGGGUCCCACCACUGCUGCUACCACCACUACCAACUAAAAGUGGGGAGCACAAGGCACAAUUGGGAUGCGGAAGCACCUUUUCUUCCCAAACCUCAUUGCUCUCGUUGUUUCCCCAGCCACUCUGGGCGGCUCCCAACAGAAUAUUAAAAACACGAUAAAAGAUCAAACAUUAAAAACUUCCCUAAAUAGGGCUGCCUUCAGAUGUCUUCUAAAAGUCAUGUAGUUGCUUAUUUUCUUGACAUCUGAUGGGAGGGCGCCACCACCGAGAAGGCCCUCUGCCUGGUUCCCUGUAACUUGGCUUCUCGUAGCGAGGGAACCGCCAGAAGGCCCUUGGAGCUGGAGCUCAAUGUCUGGGCUGAACGAUAGGGGUGGAGGCACCCCUUCAGGUAUACUGGGCUGAGGCCAUUUAAGGCUUUAAAGGUCAGCACCAACACUUUGAAUUGUGCUCAGAAAUGUACUGGGAGCCAAUUCUCCUUCUGCUCCAUUGGCUUGCAACUGAGUGACAGGUUCUGCGGGACUCAACGGUUUCUUCACUCCACAGGAUUUGACCGAGUCCCUGGAGACGCAUGUCCUGAGCUGCUGGAAGGGUGCCCUGCUGCCAGCCUUUGAGGACCAAAACUUAGCAGAAAAAGCCUCGCGUCUUCAGGCAUGUCUCAGGGAGUGCGGCUGUGAGGAAGUGGAUCUGGCACUGCUCAAGGUGAGGAGCCCAGGAGUCUUUUAGCAGUCAGAAAUAGCAACUGGUGAGCUCGAUUGCACCCAAAGGUCCAGCUUGCAAGCCAGAUGCUUCCCAGAAGCAAAGCAUGGAGGUGAUGACUUUGCCCCCAGCUUCUGGUGUGCAGAGGUACACUGUUACGGACCAUGGAGGUUCUGUUUAGCUAUUGAUAUACUCAUGCUCCCAUGAGUAUUUCCAAUCCCCUCGAUUGUUUUAAAGCUAGUGGCUGUCGUCUCUCUUCCUGUUGCAGUGAAUUCUGUAAGUUACACUUUGUGUGAAAUGCUUUGGUUUUUUAUUGGUUUAUUUUUUAAAAUGGGUCCUUCUGGUUCUGUUGCAAACAUCGGGUGUGAUUUGCCCAACAAGUCAUGAUAGCGGAAGCCCCGUGCAAGGACUUGCUUGUACAACUGGGCUUUCUCACCUCUCCUCCCCCACAAAAUUGGCUCUGGGGUGUCAGAAGAACACCCAGAACAGUGCAUGGCUGGGAAGAGAAGGGGAAUUGUUGUAUCUGGAAAGCAGAAAUAUUUGUGCUGAUGGCUAUUAAAUUACUUCCUAUAGCUUUGCAUGGUGACCUCUUAUUCUAAUAUUAAGAGAGAAUUCUCCUAUAACCAAUCUGUCUCUCAGCAUGUACAGUAUGUAUGUAUGUAUGUAUGUAUGUGUGUAUGCAUUUUUUAUUUUAUUAAUUUAACCCCACCCAUCUGGCUGGCUUAUGCCAUGCACCCCUCCCUGGAAACUCAACAAAAAAAUCUCGGGUGCAUUUAAUCUUUACUCAUGUGGCACAUUAGCCACUAUAUCUUCUCCCUACCAUUUAAAAUAACAAUAAAUUAUUUCUUAAUAAAUAGCUAUUUCUUAAUUUUCGUGUUUACGAUGCUGUUUUACAGCUUACAUGUUUAUUUCAGCAUACCGCUUUUGGAGAUUUAAAACCCUCUUAUUUGUAAUCUCUCUUUUUAAAUAUUAAGUGAUUUUAAAGUGCUUGUAAGUACCGGUAAGCAAAUAUUGAGUUAAGAAUUGCACAAAUGGUUGUGGUGACAGAUAGCAGCACCUCACUGGGGUUGUGGGUGUCCAAAAUGGCCUUGCAUCUUAAUUUUUGCUUUCCUCCACCAGGCCAUGCUGACUGGCUCGCAUCUCUUGACCCCACAACAUGUACAGUGCUUGGCACGGGGGCUCAACGCAGCUCAGCCCGAGAGAGCCCAGAACUGUCUGCAGGAGGCAGUGGACAAAAUGGGAUCCUGUACUGGUCAGGCAUCGAGUGGCCACUUGGUCCUUGUGCUGGAUAAAGUAAGUGAAGGCCAUUUCCCCAUUAGGUACGACAGGUGAGCAGAUAGCCUUCAACCUUGCAGAGUCCCUGCUCCUUGGGUACUUUUCCUGGGAGAAGCAGAAACGCAUCUCUUAUUAAAUGGGAAUUGGAGUCUGUUGGGUGCGGUCGCACCUUCUGCGCUACCCAACAUCACUCCCCAAAUGCUCGUUCAACAGCAACAUUUGAGGGUUCAGCUCAUUGCUUUCCUUUCCCUGGCGGUCCAGGUCAGAAGCAGCCUGCCAGAUAUUGGAGGGCUGGUGAUAAGGCAUCCUUGGCUUCCCUUAAUGGGCUGGAAUUAUGUCCCCCAACCUCCCCCCACCCCGACUGAGGUUACUCCAUUGAAGGAGCCCAGCAGUCCCCUCUUGUACGGAGGGGAGAUCAAGGCUUAAUUUCUGAUCAUUUCCCCCCCCCCCAGCACCUGCAAAAGCUUCCCUGGGAAAACAUGCCAUGCUUGAAAAACCAUUCCGUGACCCGGUUACCAUCUCUGCGGUUCCUGCUCAGCUAUUCUCUUACAAAAAAGGUAUAAAGAACUCCCCUGCCCUGCCCAAGGCACAAAGGCAUGAUCCAGACGUAGUUUUUGUCCUACACCUUUUUAAAGAUGGAUUGAAUAGCUACAGCAACGUUAGUUUUGUUAAGUAGCGCAGCUUUUGUUUGCACGAUGCUCCAUGUCUGCCUUCUUGGUGAUUCGUAAAAAGGAUAUUUAGUAGCGGCUAGGAAAUACCUUUAUUUAAAAGACCUGUGAAACGGAGUAAGAGGUGACAUUAGGCUGCUUUUGCUUCCUCUGUGUAAUGAAGCAUGGCUCAAUUUGCCCAAGUGCCCUACAAAGGGAUCCUAGCUAUCUGUCUCUGGGGCACUGUGUGUGGUUUUACUUUUCAUAGGUUGCAAGUUUUGGAGGAAGUGAGGAGAGAUGUGUGCUGGUGGAUGAACUGAGCUUCGAUCCAGGAUCCCUUGGCCCCUUUCCCCAGAUUCUGAAUGAGACAUUGAGCUCACUAGAUUCAAGCAAGGCUGCGUGCUUGUGUUUUUCCCUAAUAGAUUUCAGUUCAGCACCUUUUGGAAGCUUAGUUCUGUGUUUUGUGUUAAGUCAGCUUGCAGAUUUAACAGGGUGACUUCAGGUUGUUGCUAGUCAUGGGAAGGAGCAAUAAGCCUGGUAUUGCCCGCUAGAAACCACUACUUACUUUCACUCUUCUUCUCAAACACCCCCCCCCCCCUUCUGGCCCUGGAGAUGACACACUCAUUGUACCAAGGCUACAUCUAGCAAAAACCUUUGCGGGGUGAAAUCUCUUCCCUGUACCAAAACCUCUGCCUUUAUCCCAUCUAAUAAAGCUGUUUUUCUGAUCUGCUUUUAACAGUAUCAGGAAGAGACUAUCCUAAACCGCGGUGUCAACAGCAGCAGCACCUUUUAUGUCUUGAAUCCACACACAAACCUUCCUGGGACGGAGGGAAUGUUCAAAGACUGGUUUCAGAGGUAAUUAUCUGCAUGUGUGCACAAGUCACGCAGAGGUCUUUUCGAAGCCGGAUUUCCCCGCACGGGUUACCAGCAGGCUGAUUUGGGGUCCACCAGAAUUUACAAAGUCUGCUUGACUAGGGAUGGGGAAUCUGUAGCUAUCCAGAUUUUGUUGAUGGCUCCAACUCCCGUCAGCUCAACAUAGCAUAAUGGCUAGGUAUUGUGAGAACUGUAGUCCAAUCUGCUGCCCUACCCCUGGUGCUAGACAAAGUGCCCUUCUUACUAACUGUCUAAUGUUUCUUCUCUGCCCCCCCCCCCGGCAAUUGCUUGGUAGUGAGCCUGGAUGGACAGGAGUGGUAGGAGAGAGUCCCAGUGCAGACCAAGUGCCGUCAGCUCUUGAAGAACGUGAUCUCUAUAUGUGAGUACAUACAUCAUGUAGUGCUGCCUAAGCCAGUGAUGGAGAUUGCAUUGAUCCUAUCUUGCUGACAUCCUUACACAGGAUGUAAGGGGGACAGGAAAGCAUGCUGCUUGGGGGCAAUUGACAAAUUUAACUCAUAACUAUUGAGGUAGGACCAACGCAUUUUGUGUCUGUAUUGACAUGAUGCCUGGGCAGUAUUCUCCUCUGUUUUGCUCUUUGCUCUUCUUGUGCAAGAUCAAAUAAUUGCAGAGUUGGAAGGGACCCCAAGGGUAAUCAAGUCCAACCCCCCCCACACUGCAGGAAACUCAGAUAAAGCAUCCAUGACAGAUGACCAGGUCCUUCUAGGCAGGUUUGCCUAGUAGGGCCCUGAAAAACGUGAGCUAAGGCAUCUCAAGAGAAGCAAGAUAGAGGGAAAGAGAAACAUAUAGUGAUAGAGCCAAGUUAUUUUUAAAGGUAUUUAACACUGUUGUCUGGUCCUUUCACUACUGAACAUGAGCACAUAAUAACCCAGGAACAGGGUGUGUGAAAAUUAGACUUCAAAAACCAGGGGCAGAUGAGCUCCUCUUCUUAAUCAUCCUCAGCUACUUAUAAUAAUAAUAAUAUAUAAUAAUAAUUUAUUAUUUAUACCCCGCCCAUCUGGCUGGGUUUCCCCAGCCACUCUGGGUGGCUUCCAACAGAAUAUUAAAAUACAAUAACCUAUUAAACAUUAAAAGCUUCCCUAAACUACCAUCAGGCAACUUAAUGACCCUUUAAUAUGUCUCCCUUGGUUUAAAGGAGACUCCACUCUUGAAAUCAUUGCAUGCUUAUUUUCCUAUGAACCUACAUUAAAUAGGCAGUGUGUUGAAAUCAGAAUAAGGCACAGCCCCUGUCUUUCAGGCUUGCAAUUUAAGACUCAUUAAGGAAGUGGAGUGGGGAGGGAGAUGAAUAGAGGGAGGUCAGCCUGACAUUGAUAAAAUGAAGAGAUGUUCUUCCUCUCAACAGGAGCAAGGAACCUCUGGGCUCCAACUCCCACCAGCCCCAGCCAGCAAGAGCAGAGACUGACCUCCUAGUUGCCCCUGUUCCUCCGACCAACUACAGGCCAGAAUGCCCACCCAAACUUCCUCCCUCUUUCAGCCACAGAGCAACAUUUGUAUGCUGGAAGUGCAAAGCAAUCUCCCUAGUGUUAAAUAAUAAUAAUAAUAAUAAUAAUAAUUCCAAGAGAACACUAAAAUACAAUAACCUAUUAAACAUUAAAAGCUUCCCUAAACAGGGCUGCCUUCAGAUGUCUUCUAAAAGUCUGGUAGUUGUUUUUCUCUUUGACAUCUGGUGGGAGGGCGUUCCACAGGGCGGGUGCCACUACCGAGAAGGCCCUCUGCCUGGUUCCCUGUAACUUGGCUUCUCGCAGCGAGGGAACUGCCAGAAGACCCUCAGCACUGGACCUCAGUGUCCGGGCAUAACGAUGGGGGUGGAGACGCUCCUUCAGGUAUACUGGACCGAGGCCGUUUAGGGCUUUAAAGGUCAGCACCAACACUUUGAAUUGUGCUCAGAAACGUACUGGGAGCCAGUGUAGGUCUUUCAAGACCGGUGUUAUAUGGUCUCGGCGGCCGCCCCCAGUCACCAGUCUAGCUGCCGCGUUCUGGAUUAGUUGUAGUUUCUGGGUCACCUUCAAAGGUAGCCCCACAUAGAGCGCAUUGCAGUAUUCCAAGCAAGAGAUAACUAGAGCAUGCACCACUCUGGCGAGACAGUCUGCGGGCAGGUAGGGUCUCAGCCUGCGUACCAGAUGGAGCUGAUAAACAGCUAUCCUGGACACAGAAUUGACCUGCGCCUCCAUGGAGAGCUGUGAGUCCAGAAUGACUCCCAGGCUGCGCACCUGGUCCUUCAGGGGCACAGUUACCCCAUACCGGGUUUGGUCCUGACUGGACGGAUACUGGAGUCAGCAAGGGAUACCCACAUGACCUGAAGGUGCUGCUGUGCAAUGCCAGGUCAAUGAUUCAUAAGACCACUGCCAUCCAUGACUGGUGUUACUUGAGCAUGUCAUCUAGCUAGUGUCUGGAACCAGGUUCCUAUGUUCCUUGCCUGCCCACCCACACGCUUUCUGCAGUGGUCAUCGUUAGAGAAGGUGGGGUGCAAUCUCCCAGCAACCCUUGUUCCCCUUGAGAUGCAGAAUGUCUGUUCAAGUUGCUCAUUAGUGCCAGACACAAAACCCUCUCCGGAAUGUAAACAGGUUGGUGCAUUACACAAUCCCUUGUUUGCAUUCACUGAGGCCGCAUGGAUUGCCACUUAAGCCUGCUUUUCUGUGGCAGGCAGCGGAGGCUGUGGAAGAGGGGAGAGUUAUGCUUCUGGUCCAAGUGGGCUUGUGUUUUGUUUUACUUUAUGAUGGUUCUUUCCUUCCUGUAGCUACGCUGGGCAUGGUGCUGGUGCCCGUUUUGUGGACACCAUCCUGAGAGUGGACUGCAGGGCCGUGGCACUUCUUUUCGGCUGCAGCAGUGCUGUCCUAGCAGUGCAGGGCAACCUGGAGGGAACUGGUGCUGUCCUCCGGUUCCUGAUGGCAGGCUGGUAAGUUACCGCAUCCUUUGUUGGCCCUGCCUCUCUUUAUCAAAUGAGUCGGCAAUCCUUGCAUCUUGGGGGGGGGGGACGACUCCACCCACCUGUCAAAUUCUGCCCAGGAGGCAGAUCUUGAUAAGAUUCCAUGCUUCUGGUCCUAGACCAGUGGUAGAGGAGGAACCUGAGGUCCUCCUGGUGUUACUGGACUGCAGCUGUCGACAUUCGUUACAAUAAGCCAUUCUGGCUUGGGCUGAUGGAAGCUGUAGCUGAGCAAUAUUUGAAUGGCCACAGGUUCCCCAGCUCUGGCCCUAGACCACAGGUGGGGACCCCCAGUCUGUGAGCCUGUGGUGGCCUACCAUGCCUUUUAGAUCUUCCCCAGGACCUUGUGCUCCUCAUCCCCAGAAGAAAAGGGUUUUUUCUCAGCCUAACUGUUAGGGAGAGAGAAAGGAAUAGACAAAAGAAAAAAUGAGUUGCUGACUGCUAGCUUUGACCCUGAAAUAAAUUUUGCCUGGGGCAAUGAAGCCCAUGGCAUAAUUUCCCCUAGUCAUUAUCCAGUGCUUUCUGGGGAAGCUGGAAGUUUCACGCUUUGUUUGGACACCUAUUAUAUACAUAGGAUUUAGAUAUAUAUAUUUUUAAUGACCUGUACAUGUGAUCUCUCUCUCCUUCUCCCUCAACCCCUAGUCCCCUAGUGCUGGGUAACCUCUGGGAUGUAACUGACCGAGACAUCGAUCGCUACAUGGAAGCACUUCUGAAGAACUGGCUCAAGGCAGGUUCAGGAGCGCCAUUCCUCCAAUAUGUCAUACAGUCCCGCCAUGCCCCCAGACUCAAAUAUAUGAUUGGUGCUGCCCCAAUAGCCUAUGGCUUACCAGUGUCUCUGCAGUAGAAAACAGGGCAAAAGCAUGAUACCUGGUUUCUGGUGGGAGGGAUUUGAAAGGACUCAAAUUACUAUUUUGUUGUUGUUGUAAACGCUGAACUGCCUUAAAUGGAAACUGCUGCUGGGGAGAAGGAUAAAAUAUCUGGCCUUAUGCAAGCUGGGUUGGUCACCAACUACCUUACCUGACCUUCAGUGGAAAGUCUGCACUGCCUUUACACGGGAUGCUCCUAGUUAAGCUGCUGCUCUUUGCAAUAUGUAGUGUUUGCACAGUGUACAGUUUGCAUUUCCAGUGAUUAAUUAAGUUAUUUUAAAAUUGAUUUGUAUUUUAAUGUUUCAAAGCCUGAAUAAAAGUUAUAACAAAUAAA